UUCAACACACCCGGAGCCCGCGUUCACUUCCUGCAACAGCGAGCGGGUAGCUCCUUCCGUUUGUCAAUUUUAGGUUAGAACCAGAGCUUCUACAUUUAAGGCGAAUCUAAGUAACUAUGCGUUAAUUGGGGCGUACUAAGCAUAAUUUGAGACGAAUUGCUGCGUCUUUGUGUGCUUCAGUGGAAAGACAGGAUAGGAUCCCAUUUAAUGUAAAGCCAUCAUGACAUCAAAACAUUUUAUACUCGAAGUCCUUGAUGAACUGACCGCGAGAGAACUGAACCGAUUCAUCUUCUUCCUCAACGACAGCACGGAAUGGAAACCGAUACCGUCUGGUCGGCUGGAGGACCAACCACGCGAGGAAAUUGCACUUUUGCUCCAGAACCAUUAUGGUAACCAGGUGGUGGAUGUCGCCAGGAAGAUCCUUCAUGAUAUCCCAAGGCGCGAUCUGAUAGAGAGGAUGUUCAAAGAUGCAGAGAGGGACGGAUCCAUAGGAAUGACGGGUGAGAGAAAAAGGGACAGACCUGAAGGCCAGGACAGUGCUGGAACCAUGAGUGAUCGUUCAGAGAACAAUAAUCCCAACCCAAAGAAAAACAAGGUGGAGGCAAAGCUACUGACUGACAAACAACUGAUGAAACUGGCUUCAAAAAUGGGGCAUAAUGGGAAGCAAAUUGGGAUCCAGUUCCUGAAGCUGGAAAGCUACGAAAUUGACCAGUGUGAAUCACAGGCCCCAACCCUCAUCAUGCAAAACUUUAACAUACUGCAACUCUGGAGGAAUCGGGAAAAGAAGAAUGCAACCGCUAAGCGAUUGCACGCCAUUCUUGCAAGCAAUGAUUGUCCCAUCAGCUCAGAAUGCAUUGAUUGGCUUCUUGAAGAAAACCAAUGAUCAGAGACAUUG